AUGGUAAAAUAUGGAUUUUGGACUCAAGUUUGGAUAGCGCCAACUUUGGUUCACUUCAUAUCACCAAAUUUGCCUCGUUAUUUAGCUACUUUAUUCGCACUCGAUGAAAAUAGUGUUGAAAUCGGUCAAAAAGCUACAGCAUGUGUAUUAGCUGCUGCUUGGUGUCGCCAUGACCACAGAUUAGCUAAUAAUCUUUUACGUCACCGACGUUUGUUCACUCUGACUGAAGUAUUUAAAGCGAUAACUAUGUUAGAUGCUGCUCGACGAAUUCAUGUUUAUGAAAAACAACUAAAACGUCUUGAAUUAUGUCAAACAAAACCAAAAGUCACAAAAUUAGGCAAAAUUAAAAAAUAA